AUGAGUGCGGUCUACCAUGGACCCCAGGCAGUAGCAUACGACAGCCGUCUGCCAGCCCAUGAGCAUCACUCGCUGGCCCAGAUCGAGAGAUCUCGGCCAUACGCACAAGAAGCUCACAACGGCAUGGAGAGCUAUGAUAGGUACCCUGCACAGAACCACUAUCAGCAGUAUCAACCACAAGCUGCUCCACACGCCCGCCAUCUGGUCAAUUCGGCCUCACACCCUGGAUCGAGACUACCAACCCGCCCCUCGACACCAAAUUCCACACACUCCAGUCAUCCAGCCUCAGGUACCAACUCUGCAAAUGGAGAUGCUCAGUCUAUGGUCCUCCACAGCUUGCAGGUCCCCGCCUGCAUCAGCCCAAAAGGAGGAAACUUGGCCGAUUUUGCUGCCCAGUUGACUUGUCUCUUCUGGUUCGAGUCUCCAAAGAUACUAGAAACCGCUGAGACAAUCCGAUCUACCUCCAAAGAGACGCCCUUACCAUAUCUGGCCAAAACUGCCUUCCCGGCUGAGGCUUUCAAGAAAUGGGUACAAACAGUCCUGUCCACCACGCAAGUCACACAGAACGUGAUCUUGCUGGCUUUGAUGUUUGUUUACCGGCUCAAGAUGACGAACCCAUCUGUGAGAGGGCGGCCUGGGAGUGAAUAUAGGCUGCUGACUGUGGCUUUGAUGUUGGGCAACAAAUUCUUGGACGACAACACUUAUACCAACAAAACCUGGGCCGAGGUGUCGGGCAUCUCUGUGCAGGAAAUCCACGUUAUGGAGGUCGAAUUUUUGAGCAACAUGAGAUAUGCUUUACUUGCAUCGAAAGAACAGUGGGAGGAGUGGCUCGACAAGCUGGGUGCAUACUUCGAAUUCUGGGCACGAGUAACCAAGCCGGCGUCUCCAGCAAUGAUACCACCAUCCCCGACACUGUUCAUUCCCUCACCUACGAUAGGGAAGGGCUAUUCUCCUUUGCCAUCCCCGACAAGCUCGCUCCAGGCCACGCAAGCCCUCUUCGCAUCGAGGUCUCCCAAGGUGUCGCCUCCUACCCUCUCGUCCAAUCACAACACGGGCUAUCACCAACCUCUGUUCAUGUCAAGCAGCAACGGGACCAACGUUUCGCCAUUGGCGAACAGGCCCGACCUUGGCAACAACAGGAAGAGAUCUUGGGACGAAGAGGCUGUCGAUCCGCCGGCGAAGCGUGCUUACAGGGCACCUCUGCAAGGACCGCUGGUCACGUCUUCGACGCCGAACACGAACCCGCCCCCAGAUCCUCGACGGUUGCCUAUUCCAAACCUCACACUGAACACCGCACAUCACGCACCACCAGUGACUCAGUCGCAGUACCCCUCGGCUGCAUACUCGAUGCCGCAAGCCGUGACGCUCUCUCUGCCUCCACUGGAGCCAGGAAUGCGAGCCAUGUCGACCGUCUAUGCACCUCCGACGACUUCUUGGGCUCCCGCGAACAGUGGAUCGUCACAACCGAACAUGCCAUCCGCCCCGGCUCUCACUACACCGACCUCGCAUUAUCCUCCCACAUCGAACACGACUUACGCCACUCCCACGAAACGCCUCAGCCCGAUCAACACACUUGGCGGCACCACAAACUACAACGGAUCUUCGCCCCUUCACGAGCAAUUUCCCCACAACGGUUUCGCAACGCCCAUCUCUCACUCUCCUUCAGUCUACCUGCAGCAGCGUGACAGUCCUUACAGACCAAUCCGGCAUGUCCACACUCUUCUCAACCCGCCGCCGUCUACCAGCUUGCAGGGCUAUCAUCUACCAGCAAUUGCUCCGAGCCAAAUGCAUUACCAGCCAAUCGGUCGGCGGGAUGACUAUCGCACCGGCAUUGUGCCCGAAUAUCGGAACCAGCCCGCCUACGCUGGGAACUCACGGAAUCAGGGCAUGACACCCGUACCAUCCGUGCCUAGCCAGCAGCGAUAUCCGAAUCUGGUCAACUAG